UGUUAGCCUUUUCUGGUUAGCAGCGCCGCAGAGGAGCGCAGCGAUCAUCGUCAGCUUUAGCGAGCUACCAUGGCACAGGCAGCGCAGGCGAAUGCCUUCGACGCAAGUAACUCCCAGAUCCAGGUGGAGCACGACAAAAAGCGUCGGCAGUUUGUUAUAAGACUGAACGGCUCUCAUGAUCGAGCAGUUCUUCUGUAUGAGUAUGUUGGGAAAAAGACGGUGGACUUGCAACACACUGAAGUUCCAGAUGCUUACAGAGGAAGAGGAAUUGCCAAACACCUGGCCAAGGCAGCCAUGGAUUUUGUGGUAGAAGAGGAUCUGAAAGCCCACUUGACCUGCUGGUACAUUCAGAAAUACGUCAAAGAGAAUCCUCAGCCUCAGUACUUUGAACAUAUUUAUCAAUGACCCCACGUGGCUCCGACAGAGAAGAGAAGGAGAAAGAGACUCCCAGGAGAGAAAUGCUGUGUGGCAGCAGCAGCAUGCUUAGGAGUUACAGGCUGAUAUACACUAAAGGACCUUCCAGGCAUUGUUAAACAUGACAUCGAGUGAAUCCAGAGACAACUGAGCUGAACGUUGGGUCAACAGGUCAGUUAUGUCCAUAACACGGGGAUGUCAGCUGGUCGCGACUUGUAAACAGGAGCAAAACAACCAACCUAAACUGAAGCCUGUUACCUCCGACAGAAACCACCAGGUUGUAUACCGAUCACUGACUGUAAGAAAACAUUAUAUGUAACGAGAACACGUGUGAGUCGAAUCCUGUGUUGCAAAUUAUCUGUCCUCCUUUGGACUCACUGGUUGUGAACAGCACUACAAGAUGACCGACCCAGGCGUCUUUCUCCGUGAUGGUUUGGAUGGAAGCAACGAUGGCUUCACUGAUGCUCAAAUGAUGAUGACUUUUGUAUUUCAACCACAUUUUGAUAUUCUUUGAGUUGUUUAUUUUUUCAAUUUGCUUUCUACUCAUAGAAAAUGUGUUUUUUAGGGUUUAAAUGCUAGUAUAGUAGGUUGUGAAUGCUAAACACAUCUUUUGACACAGGCUAAUUUAAUAUUUUUUUUUCUAGGUAAGUGCAAAAGGGUAUAGGCAUAAAUUUGGUGGGUAACCGGUAAUUUUUAAAAAUAUAAUCUGUAUUUUGAAUACAUUUAUUUUGCCAAGUUCUCAGUUAGGUUCCACUGUUACUGUGUCCACUUCCAUUCUUCCCAGUACCGGAAACUUACUGUCCAUUAUUGGAGUCGUAAGUUUGAUAAGUCAAAGGUGCUGGGAUUUGUAAACCAAAGAACACAAACUGGCCAUGUCUAACUCUGGAGGAACAACCAUUUUCUCCAUUGUACAUGUUAAAUGUUACAGACGCUCACUCACUGUGCAGAAAAACACCUCAGUGUGGAUAUGGAUAAAUAUCUGCUGAAAGCAGCAUCUUGAAACUAGCUCUGCUAUAUUCAGGGCAUUUACAUUCUAUGGUGUCAAACUGUCCUUUGUUCUGUCAUUCAGAAAAAAUUACACUGGAUGGCCGAAGCUUCGUUUUUUCUUGUCAUUUGAUCUGUUUUUGUCUCUUACCCACAAGGCUUAUUUAGCUAGCUGAUGUCAAAAUGUUAAAUGUCGUCAUAGAAGAAAACAUGACAGAAAUGGUUCACUGUAGUUUCCCCUUUUUUUGGCUCUACAGGAGCUUUUGCUGUUGACAAUCUAAAGUGUUGAGAAGAAAAAAACCUCAGGUUACUCAACACAUGCUGGCAGGACAGACAUCAACAUGCAAGGGAGACUAUCUGCUUUAAGAAGAAAUUGCAGGAAACUACUUUCCCUUUGUAAAACUUUCCUUUAGGUGGCACACACCUAUUGAUAGGCCAAGGUAUUCGAGGUAUUAUUUCUUUUUUUGUGUGUUUAUUUUUAUAUUAGUGUAUUUCCUUGAAAGCAAACUAAUACCUGAUUUAACAGUUUUGAGCAGGUGGUGUGAAAAUGUAUCAGUCCUUGUUAUAUUGUUUGUGCUUGACACUUUUUUUCCCCAUUCUUGUUGCCAAUAAAUAAAUAAAAUACUCAUCACAUUAUUAAUGUCAAAGUAUGUAUUUAUAACAAAACAAAGGAAGAUGCACACACAGCCCUCUUUAUACAGUCGGGUACGUAAGUAUUUGGACAGUUACUCAAUUUUCAGAAUAUUACCU